AUGCAGAAUACUAUAAGCUCCAUUAUUCCUCUUGAGGAUUCAAAUUCCUUACGUUCCGCUCAAUAUGCUGCCAUUAAAAAGAUGCUCCACCUAAAUUCAUCAGAACAGCUUAUAACCGAUGGCAACAGUAAUAACGCAGAAAACAUUGUUUGGAAGGUACUCAUCUUUGACAAAUUUGGUCAAGACAUCAUCUCAUCUAUUAUGCGUGUCAACGAUCUUCGUGAAAAUGGGGUAACAGUUCACAUGCUCUUGUCGCAAGAUAGAUCACCGUUACCAGAUGUACCCGCUAUCUAUUUCGUCGAACCCACUUCCGACAACAUCAAACGUAUUUGUGAUGACUUGAAUAGAAGCUUGUACGAUUCAUACUACAUCAAUUUUUGCUCAACAAUAUCUCGACCCAUUUUGGAAGAGUUGGCUACUAAAACGAUAGCAGAUAACACAUCAGACAUGAUUAAUCAAGUUUAUGAUCAAUAUCUCAACUUUAUUUGCACGAAUCCCAACGUUUUUUCACUUCAUCAACCUCAAACUUUCAUUCAUCUGAAUAAUCCUUCUGCUACAGAAAAACUAAUCGAAGAAACGAUCGAUAAAACCGUGAAUGCACUCUUCUCAGUCAUUAUCACGAUGGGCGUGGUUCCUAUCAUCCGCUGCCCUCGUGGUAACGCUGCUGAAAGCAUCGCUCAAAAACUAGACAGUAAACUACGCGAUCAUAUCAUGAACAGCCGAAACAAUUUAUUCUUGGAUGAAAACAGCACAAAUAACAAUCUACAGCGCCCUGUUUUGAUUUUGUUGGACCGUAGUAUGGACUUGACACCCAUGUUGAGCCAUUCAUGGACCUACGAAGCUUUGAUUCACGAUGUUCUGCAUAUGAAACUUAACCGUAUUACCAUCGAAGAAGAAAAUGGUAAAAAGAAGAGUUACGAUCUUGACAAUAAAGAUUUCUUUUGGAAGAAAAAUGCUUCGAGCCCCUUCCCUCAAGUAGCGGAGGACAUUGACAGCGAGCUCAACAAGUAUAAAAAAGACGCAGCAGAAAUUACCAACAUGAGCGGUGUAUCUUCGUUGGAUGAGGUGAAUCAGAACAUGGAAUUAUCGUCGAAUACAAAGUUGCUCAAAUCAGCUAUCACAGCUCUACCCGAACUCACAGCGAGGAAGGCGACGUUGGAUAUGCAUAUGAAUGUCGCUACGGCUUUAUUGAAUAAAAUUAAAGAUAGACAACUAGACAAUUUUUUCCAGAUCGAAGAAAAUAUCACUCGACAAAAUAAGAACACGUUGUUGAAAGCCAUUGGGGAUACUGAGAAAAAAAAUCCUGAAGAUAAAAUGAGAUUGUUCUUGAUCUAUUAUUUGUCCAUGGUCGAAGAAAUACCCAAAGAUGACAUGGAGACUUAUGAAAAGGCUCUUUCAGAAGCUGGUUGUGAUAUGGAACCUUUGAACUAUAUCAAAAAGGUUCGUGCUUUGAUGCGCAUGACGUCCUUAAUGUCCUCCUCGGCAGCACCACCUCAAGGAGGAUCUGAUCUAUUACGUGGCUUCAGCACGAUUGGUAAUAAGCUUUCUGACAGACUAAAGGAAGGCGGUUUAGGUGGCGGUUUUGGUAAUUUACUAUCUGGUGUAAAGAACCUAUUGCCUACGCGCAGAGAGCUGGCAGUCUCAAAAAUUGUUUCUGAUAUAAUAUCACCACCACAAAACCACGAAACAUCCAAAGCCAGCGAUUAUCUUUACUUUGACCCUAAAGUUAGUAAAAAAUCCUCCACAAUAUCUCCACGUCAAACGAGAGUGAGCUUCCAAGAGGCCAUUGUGUUUGUAGUAGGGGGCGGUAACUAUGUUGAAUAUCAAAAUUUGCAAGAAUUAGCCACGCAAAACAACAACAGAAAGAAAAUCACUUAUGGCUCUACCGAAAUCUUGUCACCUCACGAAUUUUUGCAGCAAUUAGCUACCUUAGGAAAAGAAAGCUCUCUCGCUUAA